UGAUGCCCACCCGUUUCCCGUGCACUCCACGAGCCCCGUCUGGCGCCACAUACCAGUACCAUCGCCUGCCCGCUUUCCCCUCCCCUAUCAAAUCCUCACUCCACUCGCCCCGCCCAGCCAGAUCUUUCUAGAACCUUCAGCAACCCUAGGGCCCCAGCGAGAGGCCUCUGCCGCCGCCAUGGCCCCCAACCCCGCCGCAAUCGCCCUCCUGGCCGCCCUCGACGGCAACCUCCGUCUCCUCAAGAAAAUGUCCAAAAAGAUGGAUUUGCGGGUAACAAAGGACCCUAAAGGGCUGAACGCACUCCAUUUCGCUGCAAAUAAGGGGUCCCUGGAGAUUUGCAAGUUCCUGGUGGAGGACGUGGGGGUCGAUGUCAACUCGGUAUCAAGCGUAGGUGCGACACCGAUGUUUUACGCUGCACUCAAGGGAAAUCUUCAGGUUGCCAGGUAUCUUCUCGAUCAUGGCAGCGAUCCGGCGAAACCCAGUGAGAGGGGCUUAACGCCGCUGCACAAUGCAGCAGAGCAUGGGCAUUGUGAGAUUGUAAAGCUGUUGCUGUCCAAAGGAGUUGACGUGGAUGUUAUCAAUUACCGAGGGACACCAUUGCACAUGACUGCUGCAAAGGGUCAGCAUCAGGCCAUGAAAAUUCUGCUGGAGCAUGGUGCUGAUCCCAACAGAGUAGUCAAUCAUAUCUUCUCACCACUAAUGAUGGCAUGCUGUGGGAACUCCUUGGAAUGCAUGAAGCUACUGAUUGAGGCUGGUGCUGAUGUGAAUGGUAAUAGUAGCUCUGGACCAACUCCUUUAACGGGGGCAGUUGAUGAUGGCUCAACUGAAUUCGUCAAGUUCUUGCUGGAGGCUGGAGCUGACCCUAACAUUCCUAACCAGCACGGGGAUAUUCCAAUCAAGAGAGCAGCAGUCCGUGGUCAGCGUGAACUUGUUGAGCUUCUGUUUCCUAAGACAAACCCAAUUCCAUCUGUGCCAGAUUGGAGUGUUGAUGGGAUAAUUACAACUAUGAAAUCUCCACAGACCAGGGUUCAGGAUAGAGCUUCUGCGGAAGAACGGAAAGCUGAUUUGAAGUCACAAGGGAAGGAAGCAUUUGCAAAGGAGGACUACUUUACAGCAAUGUACUACUAUGGACUGGUGAUGGAGAUAGACCCACUUGAUGCGACCCUGUUUGCUAACCGGAGCCUCUGCUGGCUGCGCAUGCGAGAAGGGGACAGAGCACUGGCAGACGCUCAACGGUGCAAAAUGUUGCGUCCUGGUUGGUCCAAGGCAUGGUACCGAGAGGGCUCAGCUCUCAGUUUCAUGGAGGAUUACCAAGGGGCAGUUGAUGCGUUCCAGGAGGCGCUGAGACUUGACCCUGAGAGCAGUGAGAUCAAGAAGAUGUUAAGUGAGGCCAAAAGCAAGGCUACUCGCUAAAGAGUAGAACCCGUGAUGGAGCUGACAUAUAAGCAAGUGCCUAUGUCCUACAUACCUGUGAUCAUCCUGUCUUUUCACGGGCUACUAAUCCACUACCAGGCCUGCUCGUAUUGCAGCCGUUGACAAGCUAGCUACUUUUGAACUGUGCUCGAGGGCAGCUGCGGAGCUUCAUCAGGAAUAAGAGGAAUCAAACAUAUUGUACUACUCCCUCCGUUCUAAAAUAGAUGACCCAACUUUGUAUUAAUUUUGUACUAAAGCUAGUAUAAAAUUGAGUCAUCUAUUUUGGAACGGAGGGAGUAUGUAUUAGCCGUGAAGAAGAAUGAGUUGUUAGAUGCACCAACAAAUAUAUAGUUCAUGAAGAUCUUUCACCUGA